UCCCUCUUUCGCGAAUGAGAACUUUAUAUUAUAUCAUUUUUGUUUUCUUCUUCCUAAUUCGGUCUCAUCUUAAGUUGACCAGCGCGUCUUUCUCUCAACCGCAUCACUUUCUCAGUUCCUAUAUCUUCCAGCAAAAAUUUGUCAUUAGUCUUUUUUCACUUGAUUGGGCUUAAUUUCCCGUCUUCCUCAUUUUUUUUCUUCUUCAAAUAGAAUGGUUAUGUUCAAGUCCGAUUGAUUGUGAUUAAUAUUGUGGUUACGCCAUGUCUUAUUAAUUCACCCAAGAGGUUAUGGAGUAAAAAAAAAAUGAGGUCAUAAUUUGCAAUUUUAGACAGUCUAAUCGAUCAAAGUUCAUUUUGUUUGCAAAAGUCCACAUGCGUUUUGAUUGUCAUCUUUAAUGAUGAAAAUGCAAGGAUAAACCAAUUUAGCAUCAACCCAUUUGGAUGUGCUAAUGGAUUCAUCAUGAAGUUAAUUGCUGUUCAAUGACACACUGAAGCGUCUUUCCCCAACUUCUUAGAGGAAGCAGAUUAUGCAAUUUUGAAAAAAAAUGAACUGAUGUAUACUGACACGCUGAAUAAUAAGAUUUUUGGUAUUUAAGCAAGACGUUUUUGUCUAUUUGCCGUUCAUUCACAUCGAUUGAAGGAAGGCUAUAAUCAUGUUUGUCAGCUCAUUCUCUCCAGUCCAAAGACAAUCACUUCGACAGAAGUCAUCUCUAAUUCCUAUCAUGUCUCAGGUUUUGAUUGCAGUUUCGAUAUGCUGUUUGAUUCAUCAAGGUUCUGCCUAUCAGCUUCAGGAGUAUUCACACUCUCCUACAACAUUCGACUUUUUACAGUAUAUUGCGAAGACGAUUGAUAGCAAGCUACAUGGUGCUGUGUCAGUGGAAGGUGAAACGGUAAAAGGGGAGACACCAUACGACUCGGCUGGGGGUCAUGAUAUGGAGAAAAGACAAUACGAGAUGUUGUCUGAUCCAUGCGCCGAGGUAGUCAGGCAUGAACGAUUGUUCAACCUUCAGAAUAAGAAAGGAGAGCCUCGAGAGUUUGCUCCAGACUUCAGAGUCGACAUCUACACAUGUCGAAACUCAGGCUCCACUUGCGCUGGUUUGCAAGCCCCAUCUGUUGUUCGGGAGAUCAGAAAGACCGUUUGCAAGGAGCGGAUGGGCUGGAUCCUGGCCCGAGUCUGGAACCCAAAUGACAAGACCACUGCUUUCACCUACGAGAUGGUAGGACCUGUACCUCGAGGCUGCUUCUGUGGCAUCCGAACAGCCUAGGGGAACAUCGUGCCAGAGAUAGACCAACAUCACAAAGAAGGACCACAUGGAUUUGCUUACACCAACUAG